AUGUCGACCGCAAUCGAAGCACCGCGCCAGCCUAAGCAGCCCUCCCGCAAAGGCAAGAAGGCGUGGCGCAAAAACGUCGACAUUACCGAAAUCCAGCAAGGCCUUGAGACCGUCCAAGACGAAGUGAUUAAAGGCGGCGUCAUCGCCGAAAAACCCUCCACCUCCCUCUUCAUCCACGACACCGCCGGCUCUGCCACGAUUCAAAAAUCCGUUCUCAAGACCCACAAGCCCCUCAAAGCCGACGAGAUCCUCGCUGCCCGCUCCGCCAUCCCGGCCGUCGACUCGCGCAAGCGUCCCGCGUCCCGCACCACGGAUGGCAUCGUCCCGUCGAGUAAGAAGCUGAAGAGCGGAGGGGUGUCGCACCAGGAGCUCGAGCGCCUCAAGCGGGUCGCUUACGGUGGCGCCGCUGCCUCCAGCGACGUUGUGCAGGCGUCGGAGAGCGCGAGUCAUGAUCCGUGGGCGGUGGAGGAACGGGUACCGGAUGCGCGAUUCUCAUUCUUGGAAGCGAAGAAAGCGAUUCGGGAGCCCCCGACGUUGAAGCACGCGCCGGUAUCGCUGGCCGCGAGCGGCAAGCCUGUUCCAGCCGUGCGGAAGCCAGAGGCGGGGCGGAGUUACAACCCGUUGUUUGAGGACUACGCCGCGCUGAUCUCUCGCGAGGGCGAGAAGGAAGUCGAGGCGGAGAAGAAGCGACUGGCGGAGGCGCGGGAGGAGGCCGAGAGGUUGGAGCGGGCUGUUGCAGCGGAGGAGAGGGAGCAUGAGAGUGCGUGGGAGAGCGAGUGGGAGAGCGAGUGGGAGGGGUUUCAGAGUGAGGCGGAGGAGGCGGAGAAGCUGAAGAUGAAGAGGCCGGAGAGGAAGACGCAGGCGGAGAGGAACAAGAUUAAGAGGAGGAAAGAGGCGGAGAGGCUGGCGGUGCAUGAGGCGGGGAUGAAGGCGAAGGAGCAGCAGCAGAGGCGGAUACGGGAGUUGGCGAAGGAAGUGGAGGCGAAGGAGAGGGCUAGGAAGCAGACGCAAGCACUUGUUGUUGCUGGAGAUGAGGUCUCUUCGGAUGAAGAAGAGGUUCUAAGACGGAGGCAGUUUGGGAAGGUCCCUGUUCCACAGGCACCCCUUGAGGUCGUCCUUGAGGACGAGCUCCAGGAUUCUCUGCGGCUGUUAAAGCCAGAAGGAAAUCUACUCAAGGACCGGUACCGAAGCAUGCUACUGAGAGGCAGGGUCGAGACAAGGCGACGUAUCACCCAGGCUAAGAAACGGAAGACCACUGUCACAGAGAAAUGGUCGUACAAGGACUGGAAGCUGCCAACGAGAUAG